AUGGUUGUUGCCCGGUGGGCGGCGGCGCUGCUGGUGGCGUGCGGCGGCGCGCAUGCAGGUGGCGGCGGGGGGAGGAGCGAGCUGGCUGGGCGGGCUGAGCCGGGCGGCGUUUCCCAGGGGCUUCGUGUUCGGGACCGCGACGUCGGCGUACCAGGAAACAUUGUAGGGAAUCAGACUGCAGACGUCGCAGUGGAUCAGGAUCUUCCCAGGGAACUAUUCACAGACUAUGCCGAUUUCUGUUUUAAGACUUUUGGCGAUCGUGUAAAGCAUUGGUUUACAUUCAAUGAGCCAAGGAUGGUAGCACUACUUGGUUAUGAUGGUGGGUCGAUUCCUCCUCAAAGGUGUACCAAAUGUGCUGCUGGUGGGAAUUCAGCAACGGAACCUUAUAUCGUCGCUCAUAAUUUUCUGUUGUCACAUGCUGCUGCAGUGGCAAGAUACCGUAAUAAGUAUCAGGCUGCUCAGAAAGGAAAGGUUGGAAUAGUUCUGGACUUCAAUUGGUACGAAGCUCUCACAAACUCAACUGAAGUCCAAGCAGCGGCUCAAAGAGCAAGGGAUUUCCAUGUUGGUUGGUUUGUUGAUCCAUUAAUAAAUGGACAUUAUCCACAGACGAUGCAAGAUAUUGUGAAAGAGAGGCUACCCAAGUUUACUCCUGAGCAAGCUAAAUUGGUGAAGGGCUCAGCGGAUUACAUUGGGAUCAAUCAAUACACAGCUAGCUACAUCAAGGGCCAGAAAUUGCUCCAGCAGAAGCCUACUAGCUACUCAGCUGAUUGGCAGGUUCAAUAUGCUUUAGAACGGAACGGCAAACCAAUUGGACCACAGGCGAAUUCAAAUUGGCUUUACAUUGUCCCAACGGGGAUGCAUGGUUGUGUGAACUGUCUGAAGCAGAAGUAUGGAAAUCCAACAGUUUUCAUAACUGAGAACGGAAUGGAUCAACCUGGAAACUUGACCCGUGAGCAGGUGCAAUUCUACAAAGGCUACCUCGCUGAGCUGAAGAAAGCCAUUGAUGACGGCGCAAACGUGGCUGGCUACUUCGCUUGGUCUCUCCUUGACAACUUCGAGUGGCAGUCAGGUUACACGUCCAAGUUUGGAAUCGUCUACGUCAACUUCAGCACGCCCAAGCUCGAACGACACCCCAAGGCGUCAGCCUACUGGUUCAGAGACAUGCUUCAGAAACACUGA